AUGGCCUAUGACGGCCUCCAGCAACUCGUGCCACAAAAGCGAUCGCUGUGCCAGGAUGAGCAGAGCACUUACUUUGCAGCCAAGGCACGGUGUGUUUCAAGCUAUUCACCAAAUUUCUCACCCCCCGAAUCCUUCUUUCAUUACCAAUCGGCGGUGGUCCAAGAGGAUGAACAAGGCAAUUUCGAAGCACAAUGGAAUUCUGUGACUGGUUUCAGCUCGAUCCCAAGCAUUAAUGGGGCUGAAUUCAUCGCAGACGACGGAUAUGCAGGCGAAAACCAGACUUUUCUAGACCUCUGCGACCCCGAACCGGUUGAAGUUUGCUACGGCUGUAAGAUUCCCAACGUUUCCGCUGAGUUUCGACAGAGCCUACCCGUUCGCGCGGACUCCGUUUCUUCGACCGACGAUGUGUACAUUCUCGAGGUACUACCUGGGCCCGAUUACUUUGUGAUUUGUGAGCCAUCAACGGAUGAAAUGAUUGGAUUUAUAAACCUGAAGACUUCAUGCACGUUGAAAAGCCUUCAACAUGCAGGGAAUGUCAGACUUGAGAUUGCAUUGAAAAGCUCUGAAUGGAGGAUCAUGCAGCAGAGCUUUUCAAGACCAUUCACAAGUAUCGAAAUCACUGUCUUUGGAAUGUUGAAUAUCGCCGACGCCGUGGGCAGAUGUCUGUCAGAAGGAGACCUUUUUCUCCAAUCUCCUUUAUAUGAUACCGGGGCUCAAUAUCACAAUCCCCACCUGUUGACAUUCUCAGAUGUAUUUGAGAGUGAAUCCGAGGAUGAGGAUUGCUGGACGGAAAAUUUCUCGAUCAAGAAUACUCCGAAGAGUGCGAUGUCAACUCCCACUGAAGCUUUGUUUGAUAUCAUGAACGAUUUGGAUCAGCACGAACAACUCUGCCCCGUGGAAGUUGACCCUAGGUUGACUGUUGAGCUACUGCGGUGA